AUGAACGGUGCCUCUUCUGCAUUUCGAUUUCUUCAAUCUUCACAAGUGGAUGUAACAUCUUUUACGAAUUUGAGUUCGAUCAGGAAGCAUCUCAACGGUGAUGGAAGAGUUCCUUCGGUAGUUGUUGUUAUUAAAUCAUGCAAUCCUAGUGGUUUUGGAGACAUGACGGCCACUCUAAAGGAUCCUACUGGCACUAUUGGUGCUAGUAUCUAUCGUAAAGUCUUCACCGAAUCGUGA